AUGGUUGCGUUUCUGCAACAAGCACCACCGAGCGAAUCGGUGGUAGACCUCUUUGACAGGUACGGUGUAGUCCGGGACGACCUCCCAGUCUUCCUGUCUCAAAUCACGCGCCAGAUCUCUGAGAGCGUAGACCCUGUCCCUGUCAUCCGUCGCUUCCCGUUGGCACCCUUCAACCACGAGGUCAAGGAGAUUCUCAGAACGCCCGCCGUGCCUGGUGGUUCCCAUAAACAUUGUUCUUUCGAGCGCUACCAACCCGUUCCAGCCUUCACUAGUCAAAAGUGGUCCAAUGAUUCACUUCGGGAUUUAGAUGGUCUUGCCGCUGCAGACUAUCUGUCGGACGUCGUGGUUAUGACCCCAGGUGUACGACAGCGCCUCAAAGUGAGCCAGGCCAUCCAGAGGAACGUUCUCUAUCAGAUGUCCCCACAGAUUUACGAGCAGCUGUCUUCCUCAAUAUACUUUUCUACCAGCUUUGUAUUAAUCCUCAUAAUUGUCGGCUUCUUUGGAAUCUCUCUAUGCUUCCUUGGUAUCUUUGAUAUUGUCAUCCUGAUGAUCCAUGGACCGAGAGAUUUGGUCUUCGCGACGAUAUCAAGGGGUGAAGAAGCUCAAGUAUCACUGUCUGCUCAAAUCUUCAACGGCCGAGCGCCCGCACAGGAACGAUACGGCGGUGGAUUCGGUAAAUCGAAGUGGAACAAGAUCGAAAGCUCUUCGUCAUCACUGGUCGUAAAUGGUUGGGGAGGACUGUUGGUUGUCCACCAUACCGCCCAUGGGUUCCCAGAUGACACAGUAUUCAUCAGGUUACUAGCUGCAAGUGCUCAAUACCCAAAAUCGGAAGCCAUUGUUCAUGAAAAGAAUGGCCUCGAGAAGACGUACCCAGAACUGCUUAGCGACAUUGUACAUACACGCGACCUUCUCCGCGAACAGUUAUCAGGAUUUGAUCAACAAGGCCUCCUGCGUGACCACCGUGUGUACAUUGCAGUAGUUUCAUGUAGCGUCUACGAGUUUAUAAUUGCUUUCUUCGCAGUCCGCGCCAUCGGUGGCAUUAGCGUUAUCUUGCCAUCUGGCAUCCGUCCAGCUGAGGCCAACCUUAUGCUGAAAGUCAGACCAGCUUGUAUCCUUGCUGGCAACGGGUCUUUGGAUACAGCCGCAGCCAUAUGCAGCAUCAUAAAGAACGAGAAUGAGUCACAUCAUAUCUUCCCGGUUCUAAUAUCGUCCCGCGCAAAGCCUCUGGGUGAAGCUAUUCAACUCAAAAUAAACUAUGCAUUGAGAAUCGACUCAAAGCGCCCAGGCGCGGUGUUGUUUACUUCAGGCACCUCUGGUCCCCCCAAGGGCGUGGUUCUCCCAAGAGCAUCUUUCCAUUUCGGCCGCAAUCUCGCUGAACCUGGCAGUGCUACUCUCGGCUACAAAGGAGUCCAUUGGUGGACUGGCUGUAGGAAAGCACUGGAACCCGUGUUGUCUGGAAAGAAGCUCUAUCAUAUUGGAGAAACGGCCAGUGCACGGGAAAUUCUAGAGGCGCUUGGAACCUACCACAUCACCACGGUAGGGUUUAUACCAGCGGUUCUGCAUGACAUGAAAGAAUACAUAUUGGCGAAUCCCCCUGUGGAAUCAUGGUCCAGCUGUUUCAAGGGGCUAUCCGCGAUGUAUUGUGGUGGUGCAACUCUUGAGCAGUCCAAGUUCCAGUUCUGGACCGAGCUCACAGGGUUGCCAUUCUAUAUCGUCUAUGGGGCGAAUGAGCUAGGAGGUCGUGCCAUUGGUGGCAUGUCGGACAAAGAGUUGAAAGCUCACGCAAGUCAUCGCAAGGGUUCAAUAGGGCGUGCCGUCUCCGACACUGUGAUAAAACUGUCAGAAGGGGAUCAUGGUGAAAUUCUCGCCAAAAGCCCGAGAAUGCUACUAGGUUACUUUGGCGAUGAUGAGCUUACUGAAGCUGCCUUUGAUGACGAAGGAUACUACAAAACGGGGGACCUCGCCGAGCUUAAGGAUGGCCAAUACUGGUUUCGCGGUCGAGCUUCUAGUGAUUAUAUCCGCUUUCGACAACUUCGAAUCUCGAUCCUGGCGGUAGAGAGCAGUCUACUGAAACUGCCGUACAUCUCGGAGGCCUGCGUUCUUGCAAUUCCCCAUAGAGAAGCACGGCAGUUGUGUGGUGCCGCUGUAAGGUUCCAGAAAGGGAGCUUCGCUGAGCCUGGUGCUCCAACAGUACUUGCUCGGAUCAGAGCUGAUCUGGCCGUCAGCUUAGCUCCGUUCAUGCUGCCUACCGUCUUGGCUGUGUUAGGGGAGGGACAGCAGCUUCCGAGGACACAUUCAGGCAAGGUUAUGAAAAGAGACGUUUUGAGAGACUGCUUUGGGGUAGCGGAGUGGUUUUCGGCCGAGACUAUGGCGUCGGGGGUAGAGUUUUGGGGGAGUGACCUACCACACGUUGAUGAGGCCGGAGCUAAACUGUGGGAUCGCGGAGGGAUGCAAGCUUCUAGUUGA